AUGAAAUUUUUCUGCCUUAGACCGGUACGGCACUUGAAACACCGGUCUUCCCUAAAACCUUCUCUGUCAGUAAUCUGUUAUCUGUUCUGCUGCAGUCUCGGCGUUAAUUCCCUCACUGUCAGCCCGACUCUCUCUCCCCCCGCCUGCUCUCCUGUCCGGUCCUCCGACCCCUCACCGUUCGCCCCUGCUCUAACACCGGCGCCGACUCUCGUCCGCGUCGGACCCUGUUGCCUGUUACCAAAGGUGCAAUAUGGGUGUGAUACCAUCUCUUGGGACGAGUGGAACUUUGUUAAAACCUCCCUCUUUUCGUCUUCUCCAGAUUCUAUAAACUGUGCCCUCCAAAGAAUAUCGACGUGGAGGAGUAGAGGGUGCAUUCCGGUGGUGAUUGAAGUUACUGCUUCCAUUAUCGAAAUUCAACAGAAAGAUCCUUUUUUUAGAGAUGACUUAAGAGAAGGUGCUUUGCAAUCACAAGAAAUGCUGUCCAUGCUAUAUUGCAUGGCGAUCAUGAGGCUUGUAAAUGGUGUGGUUGAGAAGACACGGAAAAAGACGGAGAUUUCAAUUGGGGAAGCAGCAAAUGCUAUUGGCAUUCCAAGAAUGCUUAUUGAUAUUCGUCAUGAGGGUUCUCAUCGUGAUCUCCCGUCUCUUCAACUGGUUCGUCUUGCAUCGAUGAAGGCACUUGAUUGGUUGAAAUCAUAUUAUUGGGAACCUCAAGAAAAGGCCAUCCCGGUUAAUCAAACUGCCGAUCUCAGAAAAGAAAUUAAGUGUAGUCUACGUGAACUUUCUCUCUCUCUUAAAGUGAAGCAAACCACCAGAUCAAAUUCUUUACAAGUCAAGGGAAAAUGUGUUAGACAAAUGGAUCACUUACAUGGGCAUAGUAAGUUUCUCUUUCUUAUGGCUGGGAAGACGUCACAUUGUAAAAUUACAGGUUCUAAGAAGCAGGCCUCAGAUUCCUCAGAUUUUACAGAAGUUGCGGUGGAACCGCAAAUCGGCCAUGAAAAGCAGCAGACUGUGAGUGUGUUUGAUAAGAGACAUAAAGAAAUCAUGAGAUGCGAAAUAGGCGAACAUCACUGUCUGGAUAAUUUUGCCAAGUCUCGCCAAAUUGAGCUACUUGCUUAUUUGUUUGAAUGA